AUUAUGUAAUUUUCAUUUUAAAUUUUGGAAAUGGUGUGUUCUUUUGUUUUGUUUUACAUUAUUUGCUAUGAAAAGUUUGAUUAGAUUCUAGUUGGUUUCAUUAGGUUUAGUUUUUGAUUUCACUGUUAAUUGAGUGCUGCUUUUCUAAGUAGCAGAUAUUCUUUAAUCAAUGUUUUCCGGAAACGUGUCAAAAACUUGGCUUUUGGGACACGAAACUUUAUUUUUUACAUAGGAAACCUUAAAAUAACUUUGUUUCACCAUGUCCGCGUCCCUGUAUUCGUGUCCGUGCUGCAUAGCUGCUUUUAUGUUCAUUUAUAAGAUAAUGUCUAGUUGUGGUUUACUAUGUGCAUGCUUUAGUUAUGAUGUGACUUGACUUCAAAUUUUGAUUUUCGCCAAUGCAAUCCAAAUGGUCAAAAUCUUGUUUGAAUUCCUUGAACCAUCAUUAUUUUUUAUCUUGCGGAUCAUGUGAAAAAAGAAUAUACUGCAAGUGGAAGUCAUGGAGAUUGAUGUAGCCAGUUCUGGAUUUGCUGAUGGUACUAUAUCGCUGAUGGACGAGAAUGCAAAUAGUCCUGGGCCACUUGAUCCUUCUGUGCUUUAUGAUCAAGAGAAUCAUGUCUCUUCAGCAGUAUGGGACGGGCAGGAACGUGGAGUCUUAAGAUGUCACGAGCACACUUCAAAGUUGGGUGAAUGGAGGCUCACACAUCAGCAGAUCGAGCUGGUGGAGAAGGCUGGAUUUGGAUAUCUAAGAAGGCUUCCUUCUAUUAGUCUAGACAAUCCACUCAUUUCUGCUCUUAUUGAGAGGUGGAGGAAAGAAACUAACACCUUUCACUUCAGGGUUGGAGAAAUGACUAUAACUCUAGAAGAUAUGGCUUUGCUGCUCGGGCUGGCAAUUGAUGGAGAACCUGUUCUAGGUGUAACUUAUACUUCGUGCAAACCAAUUUGUGAGAAGUUUUUAGGGAAAAUCCCUGAUGCUGGUUACAUGAGUGGUGGUAUGGUAAAAUUAAGUUGGUUGAAAGAGUUCUUUUCCCAGUGUCCUGAAGAUGCACCACUGGAAGAGAUUGAGAGGCACACACGUGCUUACCUUUUGUACCUUGUUGGCAGUACGAUAUUUUCUACUACUACUGGGAAUAAAGUCCCUAUUAUGUAUCUCCCACUUUUCGAUAAUUUUGAGAAAGCAGGGAGUUAUGCAUGGGGUGCAGCAGCAUUAUCUUUUCUAUAUAGAGCACUUGGCAGGGCAACUCUUAAAUCUCAAAGUACGAUCAGCGGUUGCUUAACACUACUACAGUGUUGGAGUUAUUUUCACCUUAAUAUUGCUCAGCCAAAGUUUUAUCAGGAGCCAGUUCGUAAUUGUUUUCCAUUUGUACAUUGGUGGAAAGGGAAACAAAGUGCUGCAACAGUGAAACGUGACAUAGUUUAUUAUCGCAAGGCAUUGGACUCCUUAAAUCCAAAUGAUGUGGAUUGGCUUCCUUACAAUAAUGUUGACAGUAGAUUAAUACCAGAAAAUGUCACAAGCAGCCUGAUUCUUGGUAGAUCCAAGACAAUGUUAAUCUGUUUUGACAAGGCAGAAAGACACCUUCCUGAUCGUUGUCUAAGGCAAUAUGGUAUGCUUCAAGGAAUCCCACUUGAUGUGGAGCAUUGGGAGAGAAAGACCCGUGGAGUUGAUAGUGGGAUACAUCUAUCGGGGAAAAUGGAAUCAGAGCUGAAUGAAUGGUCAGCUCGUUACCACCACAUCGUGCAAGAUGAUGGUGGUGUUGAUGAAAGUGAAUACAUGAACUGGUAUUUUAGUAUAACACGUAAAUAUGUAGGAAGGCCCGUGUCUCCCUUGCCUCAGAUACAGCAAACAGUAACGUUCAGAACCAAAAAGAAGAGAAUGUCUUCUGGCUUAAGAGAUAUUGCACACAUCGCAGAUACUUUUGUCACUGAAGGACUAGAUCCCAUGCAAUUUGAGUCAAUAUCAAGAAUCAGGGCUAUUGUACAUGAUUGUUUGGGCGACGAAGUUGGAGUUACAUCCGUAGCACCAGCUCCAGCUGCAGCCGCAAUGACAGCUUUAGACACUCCUCAAGUUGAGCUUGGCAAACGAAAAAGGGAAAAGGAGCGCGUAAGAAGGAACACUAAGGUUAAGGGUAAACGGAAAAGGAAGGAGGAUUCAAUUCAUUGUUAUACGUCUAAGGACAUGAACCCAGUUCAUAUUUAUAAUGCAGCAUUCAGGGCUGAACAAUCACAUUUAUGUUGCCAUUGUCAUGCUUUUGGUCAUCAGGUUGCUUUCAGUCAGCUUGAACAUUUACAUAAUAAACUUGCAAAAAAGAUGAGGAAAAAGGAGAAAGCAAGAAAAAGGGCAAGCAAGAAGGCAAGCAGGAAACGCAAGAAGAAGGAUGAUACCGUAAAAUGCGAUGCAGAUGGUGAGAAUACGCAAUAUGAAUUUGACAAUGCAGCUGUCAAGGAUAACGAUAAUCUGAUACAGCAAACUUGUGCCACUAGCAACGAUUAUCAAGUUCAGCUAUUUCAUGCAGCUGAUGAAGGUGUAUGUUCACCGCCAUAUCAUGCUGAUGUCGAGUUUGUUGAUUCGAAACCAUGCCAUGCUGAUGGUGAGUAUAAUGAUUCACAACUAGAUCGUGCUGCUUUAGAAUGUGAACAACCAGACUCUUAUUUCGCUGCUACCGAAGGUGGAGGAGCAGAGUCUAGUCAGCCUGAUGGCGGAUUUGAUGAUUCACAACCACGUCAUGCAGUUUUAGAAGGUGAACAAUCAGGGUCUUACGGUACUGCAGCUGAUGGUGAAGGAACAGAGUCCAGUCGGCCUGAUUGUGCUUCACAAGCGACCCAUGUUGCCGUCGAAGGUGAACAAUCAGUGUCUUGUCACGCCUCAAUUGACGUAGCAGAGUCAUGUCACGCAGGAAACAAGGUUGUGGGCUCGAACCUUACUGAAUUAGGUAAUGAGAUUAACGAUUUGAAUCAAUCUCCUGUUACUGGCGAGAGCCUUCCGCAAACUGAAGUUGCAUCCAAGGCUGUUCCAGAGUCAUCCAUCAAACCUGUCGACGAUGUUGCCCAGGAUGCGGAUGGAAGAGAUGAAGCUGUCAAAUAAAGUUGCAGGGAAUCAUAAAAGUUGUGUCACCAAUGGUACCUUAAGUUAUAAUGUGAUCAUGUUCUUUCCUUGGAAGUGACCAGCUUGUGAUCUGCCUUACCAUGUACCACUAUCUAGUUUAGCAAUGUGGAGAACUGGUGUAUGUGUGCAUGAAGACUCCUUGAGGGUUGGUGAUUUUUUAUUUUUUAAAAAAAAUCUUUUAUGAUUAUUUUGUGCUUAUUUUAUCAAGUUCAAUUUGUGAAAUGUUUUGAUUUGAAUAGCAAUUGUCAAUUUCAAUUCGUCA